AUGGUUAAAAAUCAGAAUUGGAAGAAGGACGAAACUCAUGAUCAAAUAAAAAUUAGUAAAAUCCCGGAAUUGUCGUGGUUAUCAGAAGAAAGAAAUACUGUCCAGUUUAAAUAUGAAUUUGCAGAAUCACCAAGAAUUCUAAGCCUAAAGAAAAUUAGGCGCAGUCAACUUCAAACUUGUAGUAUUCAAUUGCCUCAACUAUACAUUUCUCCUCUCCCUAUUGACUGUAAGAAUUUACAAGGAUUGCUACAGCUUUGCAGAGGAGACAGACUACCUCAAUAUGGCGCCUAUAAAGAAAAAACCUUGUCUAAAGAGGAAAUUGCAAAAAAAAGUCUGAACAGGCAAAGAGGCGAUUGGAAAAAAUUAAAAAUGAUCCUGUUUUGCUGGCGGAGUACAAAGAAAAGGAACGACUAAAAUAUCUAAAGAAAAAGGAAAAAGGACAACGGAAGUGUGUAAAAGACAUGACUCCCCGUGAGCACAGAAAGGCAAGAAAAAAUUGGGUAGCCUAUUCGUCGGAUUAUAGAAAAAAACAAAAGAUUCGUGACAAUACAGAUAAAUACGUGGACCAAAAUACGCCGCCAUCAUCGGAAGAUGAAAUUAUUCCUGAGGCUCCUUUAUUAAAUAAUGAAAGAGAAGCUGAAGCUAGAAGGAGGAGUACAGUUCAACGGAGAAAAAGAAAUAGUAUGUUGAAGAGGAAGGACUUACUCAUUGAAAAUUUAAAGAAGAAACUUGCCAGCGAACAACAAAGAAACAGAAGACUGAAACAUAGAAUGAUACAAAAGAAGCAAGCACUGACACCAGAAAGUAAAAUUGUAGAAAUGGCCAACGAUCCCAAUCAAAAAGCAGAAUUGAUAAAAAAAGCGUUAUUUGGCGAUAUUAUUCAAAGGAAAAUUUUAGAUAAAGAGAUUCAGAC